UAAGUUUACUAUUUUGAACUAGCCCUGAGAAUACUAGCUCUGAUCUGGCAAACUGAGAUGCCUGAUUACUGACUGUCAGCACUGGGGCAUUUCCUCUGGAUGAAUAUCAUUCUUAAAAAAUUCCAAGCCCAGGGUCAGCUAAAGGACUGCCUAGGACAUUGGUGAAGGCCAGACAGUAGAGUUCAACCUGAUUUAGGUUUUAGUAAAAUCAUUUCUUGGAGGCACCUAUAAUAAAAUACUGAAAGAACAUACACAGACCCAUUCACUGACUAAUGCAGGGACAGGUUUGGAGCAUUCCUGCCAAGGUUCCAGGAGCCUGAGUUUCCGUGAAACUCUUUGCCUCAGGACGGCGUCCAAGCCUUCAGGCGUCCAAGCCUUCAGGCCUGUCACGCAGACUUCACUCGAGUGGGUGUGGCAUCCGUCUAUCUGUCUGUCUAUAUUUGUUCUUUUGUUCAUUCAUUCAUUCAUUUAGAAUGGGCAGAAAAUAGAAUAUUGCUUCUGACUAUGUUGCAGGAUAGAAAUCCCAUUCUGAAUAACUGACCUACUGUUGAUGCUUGAAUUUCUUACUGUUACAAUUGAAGCUGUUUAUUUUACUGGAAAAGAGAAAUGUGGGUGUUAGGUUUGCUGGUAGGUUAGAAUGAUGUAUCUGAGACCCAGACCACAAAGUCUCUCCAGCUAGAGGCUGCCUUAUUAAUGAAGCCAAGCCCAGAUUUGAGAAUAGGGCACCGCUGUGCUUGAAGGAAUGGGAAUCUGGGCAAAAGAGAAAUAUUUUCAAAUCUUAUUUUCUGUGUUUUUGAGACAGGGUUUCUCUGUGCAGCCCUGGCUGUUCUGGAACUCACUCUGUAGAUCAGGCAGCCACUGCAGGCGAGUGUUCAAGCCUGAGUUCUCCUAAAAACAAUAAUGAAGUUUAAUACUUCAGGACAAACUUCUUGUUAAAGAAUGAAUCACGGUUUCCUGAUUACUAAGCUUUGAGCUAAACAAAGGAUAUUUACCAUUUGCCACAUACCAGACAUUGUCAGAUCAUUUCAGAUAGUGUUAUCUUAAUUUGUAUAAUUUCCCUUUGAAAUAUCUUGUUACUUUAAUUACUCAAAUGCCCAACCAGGGUUUUUCCUCCACUGUCCUGGCCUUUAUCUUUGCCAGCCUUCCACGAGUCUUAGUCCUUUACUUAUUUUAUUUUAUGUUAGUUUUGCCUAAUAAAUCCCUAGCCUCAGAUGUCACUACUGUAAGGCAGCUUCCCCAGCCUAUUGGCUUUUGUCCUCUCCUCAUCCACCGUAUCUCAAGGGCACAAGAAGCUCUGUGAUUUGUCAGUAGCUGCCAUUUCUGCUGAAAUGUACACUUCACAAGGAGCCAUGCCUGUGUCAUUUUCUGUGUUGUCUAUAGUGCCAAGUAUAGUCUUCUACAUACAAAUGUUCAGUAAAUAAUUUGUCUAAUUGUGCCAAAGGGAUGCCCAAGUCAGAAGUUGACCUCUGGUAUCUCACCUCCCUUGAAAUUACAUCAGUUACAGAACCUAGCAGGAAGUAUUUCUUAAAUUACUCAAGAGAACCUUCUUCAAUUCAUUACAAUUGCUCAACUUACCUCUUCAGUUUAUUUCAGCUAUAGAUAGUUUAUCUGUAAGAGCUAUCCAUUACUCUUACAUACUGGCAAGGGUGUGGUUCUGAGAUAAGGAACUGCAAAGUCUUUGUCAUCCCCUUUGAGCAGUUUCAUUUGGAAAGUUAAUGGGAACUAUUUUAGGACAUAUCCAAUUAGGAAGCAAUAAGAGGUAGGCAGCCACAACUGGUUUGCCAGGUUCUCUAACUUCCUGCUAAGCUUUGUGGAGAAUGUCUAAAAUGAAAAACCCUCGGACUUUUGAGGAGCAAACAGAAUGCAUCGUGAAUUCUCUACUCAAAGACUUCAGGACCCCACUAUCCCACGCUGCUAACCGGAACCUAUCGGGUGCAGAUGAACCAUGCUCAGGAGAGGAUUACUCUUUUGAUGUGGCUAUCAUUGUUGGCCGCCUUCGAAUACUGGGUGAUCAGUUCAAUGGAGAGCUGGAAGCUUCUGCCAAUAAUAUCAUUGCGGUAACCAUUGGAGGACAGGCAGGAAGUACUGUACUCAACGACACAGUACAGUCUCUCAGCAGAACCUGGUGCACUCAGGAUCCUACUUUAGUUUUUGAACGAGCCUUUUUGGCAGUAUCAGUAAAACUUCUUGAAUAUGUGGUCCGUAAGGCUCCAAACGUGGCAAGACAGGUGGCUAACUACGUGACGGGCAUGAUCAACGGGAACACAGCCAUCCGCGAGUUUAUCCAGGGCCAGGGAGGAUGGAUGACAUAUCCAACCUUGUGCUGCCUGAGACUCCAUGGCAUAAUGAGAGGAACGGAUGGACAGCUCCAACUCACAAGUUGAUGGAGGAUGCCAGAGGGAAAGAUCAUUCUCUCAUUCUCAACAACUGGCAGGACUCUGGUGUCAUGGUAACUGGCUGUCACCAGGCUACUCAUCUGGGGUCCCACAAAACUUUCUGAGUUGCUCAGACCAAGGUAUGUUAUACCUAGCCUAUAAGAAUGAGACAUUCCUAUAGAAUGGGAAGUCUCAGUCAGGUGCCAGGUUGGUGCUCAAGUAAAUCCAAAGCAGAGAGCCCUUACCCAAGAAGGAGUCCAAGUGAGAGACCAACACUUGAUCAAACAUUGGGAAAACUGACUUCAGCAAGAUCUGACCUUCAAGGGGAGGAUAAAAGUACUUGCUAAUUUUUAUAGAUGCCUUUUCCUGCCUGAACUGAAACUGCUCAAAUUGUAGCUUAAUAUCUCCUCCAGAAGCUGGUCCCCUAUUUUGACCUCCCCCUAGCAAUGGGGUCCAACUUUCAUAGUCAAAACCUCUUAAUUAAUAGCUUUAGACUUAGAUCAAAAAUGUCAUUGUGCUUAUAGACCUCAGAAUUCUGGGCAGGUUAAAAACAAAACAAAGCACAACAACAACAACAAAAAUAGGACAUUAAAAAUACCCUGACAAAAUUCUCCCUAGAGUCCAGUGGAGGGUGAGUAGAUGUCCUUCCUUUGUUGUGCUUCAAGUCUGCUGCUCCCCAUAGAAAAAGGGAUUUACCCACUAUGAGAUUAUGUCUGGAAGACUUCCCAGGCAAUCAGCAGAAUUCUCUAAACAUUCCUUUCUCAAGUCACAACAGGCCUUUCAGUUCUCCAUACAGGCUAUUCAUUGGACUCUCUGAGAGACUCAGCCAACCUCCGAGUCCACCACCAGUCUCCCCUUGUUCAAGUCCAGUGCAUCAUCUGAGUUAAGUGGGUAGCCAAAGGGGAGCUGGAACCAACUUGGAAAGGCGACCACAUGAUGACUCUCUCCACUCCUAUAGCUGUGAGGGUAGAAGGAUCCACAGAUCCAUCACACCCAGGUAAGAAAGCAGGAGUCGCAGAAGCCACAGUUGCUGCUGCUGAAAGAUCCUGGCAGAAUGUAAAAGGACACGGAAGCCCUGAAAUUGGCAAGAUAGACGUCAGUGUUAGCAGAACUAGCUUCACUGAUUUAGAAAAAUAGAGGUGCACAAUGCUCUGGCCACUCCUCGAACCUGUGUGUCUGCCAAUGUUCUGACCAGGUGUGUGCCCAUUGCUGCACCUUCAUUAGACUCUUUCCUUGUACCCCUCCCAUACCCAUUUCUUGAGAAUAGACAUUGUUUAGAUCUGGAAAUCCCCUACUCUCCCCCUUCUCCUUUCCUCCCUGAGGGCCUAUAAAAACUGGGAACUCUUUCCCCUCGAGGACGACUUCUCUACCCCUGCGUGGGAUAUGAGUCGUCCCCAGAGCUCUGGCUUUCCCCGAAUAAAGCCUCACGUGGUUUGCAA